UGCACUAAGCUAAGCCAAAGCCAAAGAAGCAAAUAACAAAACCACCACCGCUUCCUCUUUCUCUCUCUAGAAAAUUCUCUCUCUCUAAGUUUCUCUGUGGAAAAGAAAUCCUAAGCAGGAAGAGAAAAUGGUGUUUGUGAAGGGUCCUGGGCUUUACUCUGACAUUGGCAAGAAGGCCAGAGAUCUUCUUUACAGGGAUUAUCAGGGGGACCAGAAGUUUACUCUCACUACUUACACUUCAAAUGGGGUGGCUAUUACUUCAUCGGGGACUAGGAAAGGUGAUCUGUUUUUAGCUGACAUUAACACUCAGCUGAAGAACAAGAACAUCACAACUGAUGUAAAAGUGGAUACCUACUCCAAUGUUUACACAACCAUCACUGUUGACGAGCCUGCUCCUGGAGUGAAGGCUAUCGUUAGCUUUGUUGCUCCUGAUCAAAAGUCUGGCAAGGUGGAACUUCAGUAUUUUCAUGAGCAUGCUGGAAUUAGCACUAGCCUUGGACUGACUGCAAAGCCCAUUGUCAACUUCUCUGGUGUUGCUGGCAAUCAAAAGGCUGCUUUCGGGACUGAUAUCUCAUUUGACACAGCUACGGGGAAUUUUACUAAAUGCAAUGCUGGAGUCAGUUUUACCACUACAGACCUAAUUGCAUCCUUGAUGCUGAAUGACAAAGGUGAAACCGUCACGGCCUCUUACUUCCACACAGUAAGCCCGUUGACAAAUACUGCAGUCGGGGCAGAGUUGACGCACAGCUUUUCGACCAACGAAAACACUCUCACAAUUGGCACACAACAUCUACUGGAUCCCCUGACCUCUGUGAAAGCUCGAGUGAACAACUACGGCAAGGUGAGCGCUCUCAUACAGCACGAAUGGCGUCCAAAAUCUCUCAUCACCAUUUCAGGUGAAGUCGACACUAGGGCUAUAGAGAAAAGCGCAAAGGUGGGACUGGCUGUAGCUCUUAAACCAUGAGAUCCAAACUUGUCCAAGUAAAAGUUGACAACAUUUCUUUAAAGACACAGAGAAAGCAAUAAAGUCAGAUAGCGUUCAUUCCAGCAAUGCCUCGAGCUUGUAAUAGCUGUCUCAUUUUUCUUGUGUGUCAUCAGUCAUGGUUCUUUGGUUGUAAGAAUAAUUCUUACUCGAGCCACAAAUCUGGCGUCACAUUUUGACUCACAUGCAUGAUUGUUUAAUUAUUGUGCUGAGGCUCUAAUUUAAUGGUUUUGUUAUCAACCAA